UAAUUUGUCAGUUGUAUUCUUUAGUUAGAUUUUUCGUGUGUGUUUGUCUUCAUGUCAGGGUAGAAAGAAAUAAUGCUACGAGUUGAUAAACAGUAGUGAUUAAUUCCUUUCUUCAAAAAAUAAACGUUUUUUUUCAUACAACAUUAUUUUCACUAGCCUUCGUUUUAGAUAGAGAACAUGCUGGUAUGCACAAAGAUUUCUUCUCUAAAUAUUUGCUAUAAAAAUGUACAGCAUUUGUCGCAAUGCUUAAAAGUUAUUUCACCCAAAUCAACUUUCACACUGCAGAGCAACAACGUGAUGCUAAGAAUUUAUCCUAUACAGCGUGCAAUCAGCACGCUGUGUAGGAUCAAUUGUCCUGAUCAGAGUUUUACAGUUGAGAACAAUAAGCUGUCAUCAGAGACGUGGAGCGUCAUGUAUAAGUGUCCGACAAUAAAAUACAUCAGGCUGAUAUCACGAUUUAAAGUAUAUCAAAUCCUGAUAAUGUGUGGCCUUUGUUACCCGUUAUAUGGUUGGUAUAUGGAGAAUUUAAUCAGUAAGACAGCAUUUUUUUCAGCAAUUGGAGGUUGUGCGGGAACUAGUGUAGUUUUUUUAAUAUUCAGUUAUUUCUCAACAAAAGUUAUCGGUCAGAUGAAUAUUAACAAUACUAAGACUGCAAUUAGACUGUCUACGCUAAAUUUUUAUGGCUCGAGAAUUGAAAAUACAUAUGAAUGCUCGCAUUUGAUACCGUGGAAUGAUGAGUCAUCAGAAGGAAAUUUGAAGAAUAUCUUUCAACGUUUGUAUAUUGAAGACAAAAAUGGCAAGCGCUGGAAUUAUAUUUACUCACUUAGGCAUGGAAAAUUGUACAAUAAGGAACUAUUUUGUAAUGUGUUAGGCAUACCAUUGGACCGGUAGUGAUAUAAUACGAGAAGAAUGUAUGUCGAAAUGUUUUUGUUUAUGUAAAUUUUACAGAUAGCGGUGGUUAAGGGUGCAAAUAUCUUUUAACCUUCACUCUCUUAAACCAUACUUUUCUAUUUUUUUUUUUUUUUCAUUUUCAAGGUAAAGUUUUCUCUAAAUUUGUCAGGUGUUGUGGGCUAUUGUGGUUUAUAUCUGAAUUCAGCAUUCCGUUAUAAUGUUUUUAGUUUUGCACGUGUUCUCUGUGUAUCUCAAUCUUGUCGUAUAAUUGGCACUGCACUGUGGUCAGACAUAUUGAAGUAAAAUCUGCUUAAACAUUGGUUUUUUGUAAUUGUAAAUACAAUUUUUAAAAAUUUACGAGGACAAAAUUCCCUAAUAGUGUGGAAAAUAUAAAAUCGGCAGA